AGCUAUCAAGUCUUCAGUUUAUAGUAUUAUCAACUGGUUCUAUAACAUAGUAUUUCAAGUUAAAUCAAGCAAUACCCAAGGUUUGGGGAUGCUCAACACUGCGUACCCUGAUCCCCACGCGACUCAAGUACUACCCCUCUCCUCCCCCCUUAAUUUUCGUCACCAAAGCAAUAUCUUAUCUACUUUAGCAGCCCAUGGGCUUGGACCUUCACGAAGGUUAAAUAAAGAGGGCCAAAUUUUCAUCAAAAGCUGAGCUCGAAAUCACCCAACUAGGCGCACGAUGGCAGAGGUGUUGCCUCAAGAGACAGAGUUGGUCAUCGAGGGCGAGUCGAGCGAGGUCAGCGCUGAUGGUUACUCGUACAAGAUUGACCUCUACACUGGUGACUUAUGGAGAGCUGGGACCGAUGCAAAUGUUCUUGUGACCAUAUUUGGAGAAAAUGGUGAUUCUGGCCAACGUAUCCUCAAUAAUUCUGGAAACGUCUUCGAAAGAGAUUCGACCGACAGCUUUAAAAUCGUUAGCAGUUCUUACCUUGGUCCGAUUAAAAAGAUUAUCAUUGCACAYGAUAACUCAGGGCUCAAUCCAUCUUGGUUUCUGAAUAAGGUAACAGUGGAAGAUGUGAAGUCUCGUGAGGUAUUUGAAUUUCCUUGUAGACGCUGGCUAGCCACAGAUGAAGACGACGGGCUCAUAUCACGUGAGCUGCUCUGGUCUGUUGUUAAAGUAAAGGAGAAAGAAACGAGGGAGAACUACCCUUACACUAUCAAUAUCUAYACUGGAACUGCGUGGGGAGCUGGGACCGAUGCUAAUGUCUACAUUACCGUAUAUGGAACUAACAGCCGUUCCAGGAAGUGUAAGCUGAAGAACAAAGGACAUAGUACUUUUGAAAGUGGAAUGAAAGAUACGUGUAAACUCGAAACUAAAAAUCCCCUAGGGACCCUGUAUAAGAUUCGCGUUGGUCACGAUAAUACGGGACUUGGCCCAGGAUGGCUCCUGGAUAAGAUCGAAGUAGAAGAUGACAUUACUGGUGAAAUAAUCAAGUUCGCCUGUGGCAAAUGGUUAUCUACAACUAGUGAAGAUGGUCUGAUAUGUCGUGACCUGAUGAGAGAAGGGUUCGUCGAGGAAGAUGAACCGUCCCUUGAAACUGUUGCAUACACAGUCAACAUCUUUACUGGACAUAAGUGGGGAGCUGGCACCGAUGCUAACGUCUUCCUUACUCUAUAUGGAACUAAUGGGGAAUCUCCACAACAAAAGAUUGAAAACGAAGGCUCAACAACGUUCGAAAAUGGAAUGACAGACACGUACAAGUUUGACUGUCCAUAUCUGGGYACGCUGACCAAGAUUCGUAUCGGCCAUGAUAACACKGGAUGGGGGCCAGCCUGGUACCUCGACAAGAUAUUCGAUGCUAAUGUGGACUACACUACCAUCAAGACAAUUGAACUCCAGAAAGUCAUCUUAGCCAGGUACAUCCGUAUUUGUCCACUGGAAUGGCACGUUUGGCCAUGUAUGAGGAUGGAGCUGUAUGGUUCUCCUCUCACARAAGAUGAAGAGCUUAGAAAAAGUUAGAA